GGGUAGAACAGUCAUUUUCUUACUAGUGUUGCCAUUUCUUUAAUUUUAACAAGCUAUUUAUAGUGUUUCUCAAUUUUCAAUAAUAUGUACUGUUGAUUAGGGUUUCUGAAUUGAAUUCGCUGUAAGCUUAGUACAAUUUGGCAUUUGUAUAUUUUUCUGAGGAGCAUGUAUGUAUUUGAAAUUUGACUUUUUCAAAUUGAAUAUCUUCGUUGUUUUUGUGUUGGUGAAUGCGUGCAUUUGAAGGUGUUUAUGGCUACAAUUUUGCACCCAUUUAGGUUUUGCGCGGCAUCAGUUUCUUCAAUUGAGUUGUUUGAUCUGCUGCUGCAUGAAUUUUUAGUUUGUCAGAUGAAGUAAUUUUACUAUUUUUAUUGUUUUCUGCAGAUUAAGUGUUUAUUGUAUAUUGUAACAGAAUCAGAAACCCUAACUCUGUUUGGUUCGUGCUGUUUUUGCAAUUUUGAGUUCAUGAUACGCAUUUUCCUGAGAGCCUAAAUGACUUGCGAGCCAGAAAAGGAGUCUAUGGACAUUGACAGUCCGGGAGAAAGCAAAGAGAGUUCAUAUGAGCUUGUCAGAACUGGUCUCAGUCUCUAUCCAGUCUCUGUUCAUGAUUCAGGUGAAGGCCUUCCAUAUGCUCCUCAAGAUUGGCCUAAUCCUGGUGAUAACUGGCGCUGGAAAGUUGGGAAAAGAAUUGCUGUUUCAGGAUACUUUAUGGAUAGAUAUUUGUAUGUUCCCAGCAGGUUCCGCAAGAUGGGAGAUAGAAAAGGCUUCGCGAGCAGGCUGUCCCUUGAACAUUAUAUUCGAGAAAAAUUCCCUGGUGCAGAUGUUGAUGCUUUCUUUGCCUCUUUCAGCUGGAGAAUUCCUUCAAAACUAUUCAAGAAAGCUGAUAAAGAAAUGCUCAGGCUCCUGCAUGAGCCUGCAGAAAAUCCAGGAUCUGAUAGCGUUGCACGUUGUAAAGCUGGCAAUAGAUUUUGCAGCAGCUUAGCUGCACGGGAGGACUCUGGUUCGGAAAUCAUGUUCUGUGAUAUUUGCUGUGGUGAAGUUGGUUUCUGCAGAGAUUGUUGUUGCAUAUUAUGUUCUCAAACUAUCGAUAAAGCUUCUGAAGAAUACAAUUCCAUUAGAUGUGAAGCUGAUAUUGGGGGUAAUGCUUGUGGACAUAGUUGUCAUAUUGACUGUGCUCUACGAGCUUACAUGGCUGGGACAGUUGGAGGGACUAUUGGUUUGGAUGCAGAGUAUUAUUGCCGUCGCUGUGAUUCGAGAACUGAUCUGGUUUCACAUGUUACCAGACUAAUAAAUGAUUGUGAAUCAAAUGGCUCGCAGGAUGACAUUGAGAAGAUCUUGAAUGUUGGCAUCCGUGUGUUGCGUGGAUCAAAUAGAACAAGUGCGAAGCAGCUGUUGGGUCAUAUUCAGUUAGCCAUGUCAAAGGUAUCUGAAGAAAAUGGUAGGCUAAUUAUUGUUUCUCAAAGCAGUUAUACUUUCUUGUUCAUAAGCCUUUUCCAAAUUGCCACAAUGAUGACCUGUCAAUUAUAUUUUCAUCAGCUUAAGAGUGGAAAUUAUCUGGAAGAUAUUUGGAAGAUGGAAAAUGUCUCUGAAGAUACUUCUGUUGGGCUGUCUCCAAAUGCCAACGGUUUGCUGGAAUUCCCAAAGAGCAAGCUAGAAGACUGUCAACUGGGGUGGCCUCCAGUGUUGUCAUCAAAUUUUGACUAUCGAGUUGAAUCACUAAAACUUGAGAACGAAAUUGAUCACAUUAUGGAUGCAUUAAGGAAGUCGCAAGAGAUUGAGUACAGACUUGCUGAGGAAAGGCUUUCAGCUCAGAAGAACUAUAUCAUUAAUCUCUACGAACAGCUUGAGAGAGAGAGGUCUGCCCUCUCAAAGCAUACAUCUUUAUCCGAUAACCAGGACUCAUUGCUCGAUGCAGUCUUGAGUAGAGUUUCUCAGGUGAAGCAGGAAGUGUCCCGACUCAAGGACAUGGGAGAAGUCUCCAAGGGAUUUGGUAGAGUUCCUAAACAUAUUCUUGAGGAACAAUUCAGUCUAGGUAUUGAGCAUCGACAAAGCUUUAGCUAGCUUUCUGUAGGGAACUCCACAGAAAAUUCUGAUGCUUAAUAUCACAAUUUUGUACCUGUUACCAAAUGCAAGAGAAACGUUUUCUUGCAGAAUGUAUAAUGAAUAUGCUCGUCUCUAUAAUUCAAAGUUUUGGUGGUUUUUUAGAGGUC